AUGAGGUUUAAGAACCGUGGUGGAAGCUUCCUCUUGUUCAUUCCUCCCGAUCCAAUGCUCUCUCUCUCCUCUCCCCCCAGCUGUAGGUCGGUGGAGCGGUCUAAGACUGACCUCCAGGGGGAGCUGUUGUCGCUACGUUCUAAAGCUCUAGAAGAGCAGAAGAAGAGAGAGACCCAGGAAUCCCUGGUCAGACGACUACAGAAGAGAGUGCUGCUGCUCACCAAGGAGCGAGAUGGGAUGCGUGCCAUCCUGGAGUCCUAUGAUAGUGAGCUGUCUCCUAGUGACUACACUCCUCAACUCAACCGCAGACUCAGAGAGGCAGAAGAUAUACUGACCAAGACACAGAACCACAAUACAGAGAUGGAGGUUCUGUUGACUAAAGCUCAAGAGGAGGCUGGGGCCCUCAAACUACAAGUACAGACUAUGGAGUUGGAGCUGGAGGUUAUGAAGAAGCAGCAAGACUCCGUCGCCGAGGGCAACCCCUUAGCAACGAACGAGGAAGUCAACACACUCCGGCUGAAGAUUGAGGAGUUGGAGGGAGAGCGACAACGUCUGGAAGAACAGAACACUGUUCUAGAGCUGAGGCUGGAGAGACACAACUUACAGGGAGACUACAAUCCGGUCAAAACCAAAGUCCUCCACUUCAGUCUGAACCCUACGAGCAUGGCCAAACAGCAGCGUGUGGAGGAAGUGGAGGCGCUGAGGGCAGAAGUGGAGUGUUUGAGGGAACACCUCCGCUCACUACAGACAGGGGGCACUAUCCCUCUGGCUGCUGCUGCAGGAGAGACCAGCCUCAGCCUGCCUCCCUCACAGGAGGUCCUGGAUCUGCGUAAACAGAUGGAGAGUGCUGAACUGAAGAACCAGCGGUUGAAGGAGGUGUUCCAGAGGAAAAUUCAGGAGUUCAGGACGGUGUGUUAUGUUCUGACAGGCUAUCAGAUAGACAUCACUACUGAGAACCAGUACAGACUGACCUCUGUCUACGCUGAACACAUGGACGACUCUCUGCUGUUUAAGGCCAGUGGAGGUGUUGUGUGCAGUGGAGGCAGUAUGCAGCUGAUGGAGACAGACUUCAGUAGAACCCUGAGAGAGAUGGUGGACCUCCACCUGCACCACCAGAAGAGCAUCCCAGCCUUCCUCUCUGCUGUGACCCUCGACCUCUUCAGCCGACAGACCACAGUCUGAUUUGACCCUCGACCUCUUCAGCCGACAGACCACAGUCUGAUUUGACCCUCGACCUCUUCAGCCGACAGACCACCGUCUGACUUGACCCACGACCUCUUCAGCCGACAGACCACGGUCUGACUUGACCCUCGACCUCUUCAGCCGACAGACCACCGUCUGACUUGACCCUCGACCUCUUCAGCCGACAGACCACGGUCUGACUUGACCCUCGACCUCUUCAGCCAACAGACCACGGUCUGACUUGACCCUCGACCUCUUCAGCCAACAGACCACGUUCUGACUUGACCCUCGACCUCUUCAGCCGACAGACCACCGUCUGACUUGACCCUCGACCUCUUCAGCCGACAGACCACGGUCUGACAUGACCCUCUACCUCUUCAGCCGACAGACCACCGUCUGACUUGACCCUCGACCUCUUCAGCCGACAGACCACCGUCUGACUUGACCCUCGACCUCUUCAGCCGACAGACCACCGUCUGACUUGACCCUCGACCUCUUCAGCCGACAGACCACCGUCUGACUUGACCCUCGACCUCUUCAGCCGACAGACCACCGUCUGACUUGACCCUCGACCUCUUCAGCCGACAGACCACCGUCCGACUUGACCCUCGACCUCUUCAGCCGACAGACCACGGUCCGACUUGACCCUCGACCUCUUCAGCCGACAGACCACGGUCUGACUUGACCCUCGACCUUUUCAGCCGACAGACCACGGUCUGACUUGACCCUCGACCUCUUCAGCCGACAGACCACGGUCUGACUUGACCCUCGACCUCUUCAGCCGACAGACCACGGUCUGACUUGACCCCCCGGGGUUGAGGGUGUCCUGUGAUGUUAUAUGACCUGUGACCUCAUUGUUUGACAUGUGAUGACAUUGCCUUGACCUCUUCACAUAAGGGUUAAGGUUAGGAUUGAGGGAAGGGAAGCUGAUCCUAGAUCUGUCAUUGUUGUCUGACCUGUGGUGUCGUCAUGUGACCUAUGACCUCACUAUCUGACCUGUGAUGUCAUGGUCUGACUCACACAGCUGUGCGAUGGACUCUGAUGAUAAUAAUAUAGAGUUGAAUAAAGGGAGUCGCUGUCUAGACUUACGUCAAUUACGUCAAUUCUCUCUGUCUGUCACAAAUGGCACCCUAUUCCCUACAUAGUGCACUACAAGAGCCUGAAGGUAGUGCACUAUAUAGGGAUUAGGGUGACAGCCUGUGUCUUUAUAUAGUGUGAUCUCUGUAACCUUCAGUCAGAUGUUCUGUUAUUGUUUCACUACUUCCUGUGUCUUUAUAUAGUGUGAUCUCUGUAACCUUCAGUCAGAUGUUCUGUUAUUGUUUCACUACUUCCUGUGUCUUUAUAUAGUGUGAUCUCUGUAACCUUCAGUCAGGUGUUCUGUUAUUGUUUCACUACUUCCUGUGUUGAUCUUUGCUCCAAAGCUGUUGUUUUUUUGCAGAAGGUUCAUAUGGCUUCAUGUUGGACACACAGCCGAAUGUCAUUUUAACAGAGACACACAACUAUCAUCUAGUUAUUUUAAACAGACACACAACUAUCAUCUAGUUAUUUUAAACAGACACACAACUAUCAUCUAGUUAUUUUAAACAGACACACAACUCUCAUCUAGUUAUUUUAAACAGAGACACACAACUAUCAUCUAGUUAUUUUAAACAGACACACAACUAUCAUCUAGUUAUUUUAAACAGACACACAACUCUCAUCUAGUUAUUUUAAACAGACACACAACUAUCAUCUAGUUAUUUUAAACAGACACACACAACUAUCAUCUAGUUAUUUUAAACAGACACACAACUAUCAUCUAGUUAUUUUAAACAGACACACAACUAUCAUCUAGUUAUUUUAAACAGACACACAACUCUCAUCUAGUUAUUUUAAACAGACACACAACUAUCAUCUAGUUAUUUUAAACAGAGACACACAACUAUCAUCUAGUUAUUUUAAACAGACACACACAACUAUCAUCUAGUUAUUUUAAACAGAGACACACAACUACUGUCAUCUAGUUAUUUUAAACAGAGACACACAACUACUGUCAUCUAGUUAUUUUAAACAGACACACAACUAUCAUCUAGUUAUUUUAAACAGAGACACACAACUAUCAUCUAGUUAUUUUAAACAGAGACACACAACUACUGUCAUCUAGUUAUUUUCUUGUAAAUGGAAAGCAGUGGAAAAGGUCUAACCUGAAUGAGUUGAUUUGUCAUUAGAACAAACAGCUUUAUUACUUCCUGCCUCUAAGUUUGUUUUCUGAAUCCCAUUUCUGAACAGAAAUAAAAACACAACAUGUCAAGUAUUUAGUAAACAUUUCUCUACCGUAAGCCGCGAUGGCGUUUUAGAGAAUUUGUCAGUACGUCCAACCGGCCUCACAACCACAGACCGCGUGUAACCAACCGGCCUCACAACCACAGACCGCGUGUAACCACACCGGCCUCACAACCGCAGACCGCGUGUAACCACGCCGGCCCAGGACCUCCACAUCCGGCUUCUUCACCUGCAGGAUCGUCUGAGACCAGCCGCCCAGACAGCGGAUGAAACUGAGGAGUAUUUCUGUCUGUAAGGAUGCCCUUUUGUGGGGGGGAAACGCAUUCUGAUUGGCUGGCCUGGCUCCCCAGUGGGUGGCUGUGCCCAUGCCCAGUCAUGUGAAAUUCAUAGAUUAGGGCCUAAUUAAUGUAUUUUAAUUGAUUUCCUUCUAUGAACUGUAACUCAGUAAAAUGGUUGUGUUGCGUUUAUAUCGUUGUUCAGUAUAAUUAUGAUGUUUGUACGUGUGGAAUGUUAUUUCAGACAUGAAUUGGGUUAAUAAAGAACUAAUCUAA